UACAAUAUUAUCAAAUCCCAUUAUAUAUGUAUUACAAUUAUCAAAUGAAUUUAUUUGGAUCUCAAAUUGGCUCAUUUCAUUUCUGAACUCUCUGGUUUUCUUUAUCAGCCUAUACAUGGAUAUGAAUACCAAUUCUGCAGCAGUUCAAAAAUCUCUAUUUCCUUUAAGCCAUUCUAAAAUUCUUCAUCUGGUCAGGCAUGCUCAAGGAGAUCACAACGUUGCAGGAGAGAAGGAUCAUGAUGCACUUUUAUCUCCAGAAUUCUUUGAUGCUCAUCUCUCUCCUUUGGGCUUGCAGCAGGUUAGCAAUCUCAGAAACCAUGUUCAUGAAUCCAGAUUGUUAAGGCGAAUUAAGUUAGUUAUAACUUCUCCUUUGUUCAGGGCUAUGCAAACAGCAGUUGGUGUUUUUGGUGAAGGAACAUCAGAUUUUCAGUGCCCUCCAAUUUUAGCAGUUGAAUAUUGUCGAGAGCGAACUGGAGUUCAUCCAUGUGAUAAGAGGAGACCUAUUAGCGAGUCUCGGUCUCAUUUUCCUCAAAUUGAUUUUUCAUUGAUAGAAAGUGAUGAUGACAUUUUGUGGAAAGCAGAUCAUAGGGAAACUGAUGAAGAAGUUGCUGCUAGGGGCAUGAAAUUCAGUAACUGGUUGAAUACUCGCCAAGAGACGGAAAUUGCAAUUGUUACUCACAAUAGGUUCUUACAGCAAACGUUAAGUGCUUUAACAACUGAUUGUAAUUCAUCAGUCAGAACUGAAAUAUGCAAAGAAUUUGGAAACUGUGAACUUCGUUCGAUGGUCUUGGUUGAUAAAAGAUACUAAUGUUGGAAGAAAGAGAGUUCUUGAGGCGUGAUCUCUCAGGAAAUGCUGCACAGAAGCUUCGAAUCGAGUAGUUCAUGCGAUUUCAGAUUUUUUAACAUUAUUGAUACUUUGUGACAUUUCUUACACUUCAAAUAAGAGAACUCAGAUGCUCAUGUAAGGGAUUAGUAGUAUACUAAAAUGUUAAUUGCAAUGUAAUUCUGAUUUAGUAUGCAUUUCAAUUUUGCCUGUAUUUAUCCAGCUUAUUCAUUAUAGCAACU